AUGGCGGUGGAGUCGUUGGCGACGCUGUGCGUGUUGUCGCUGAUCGACCAUCGCGACCUGCUGGGCGACCUCGGCGACAUGGACCUGUCGUUGCUGCGACCCGUGUUCGAACACUGCACGGCGGAUCAACUGGACCGGAUUGAGAACGAAAAUAAGGAUCGUGACUUCACCCCUUUCACAGACGACCUCUGGGAGCGGUGCUACGAACGCAGGUGUGCUCGCCUCGACUCUCCGCCUUUUUUCCCCCUCACCUUCCCGUCCUUCUUCCUAGACGUCUCAAAAGUCACCCCUUUCACAGACGACCUCUGGGAGUGGUACGGCAUUGAUGGCGUGGAGCAGGUUCAGGACAGAAUGAAGCAAGCAAAAGUACUCUACACGUGGCGCCAGCUGUACCAUGCUCGGCAGCAGGCAGAUGAUCGCACGCAGCAGAAGUGUGUUUCGCGGUUGAAAGAGCUUUAUCACCGGGCAGAGGAAGGUACGAAGGUUUGGGUAAACGCGGAUGCGGUGAAAAAGCAGCGGCGGCUGCAGGUGCUCGAGAAGCCACGCCUCUCAGUCACACGCAGGAGAAUGUUCUCCUCAGGGCCCUCCUCUCAAGCAGCAGCCUGGGCGAACAAGGCAGGCAGCUCUAUGCUCAAGAAGGCUCGCCUGGGAUAUGCCAACAGGUUGUCUUCCCUGUCUCAUCCCACAUGUCCCCGCCUCCCCCCUUCCCCUAAUCUUCCCCUCCCCCCUUCCCCUCCUCCCCCCCCUCCCCCCCCUCCCCUCCUCCCCUCCGACCUCCCUCCCCCGCUCCCCCCCUCUCCUCCUCCCCCCUCCCCCUCUCCUCCCCCCCGCCUCCCUCCUCCUCCCCCUCUCCUUCCCCCAUCCUCCCUCCCAUUCUCCCCUCCGUAUCACCUUGCAGUGUGCAGGCACGGCUAG